AUGGCGACAUCAUUCUAUCACCGUCCACCGCACCACCAGCCUCAGACAAUGCAUGGCCUGAACGUGAGUAGCUCACAGAGCGACCCGCGGUCGCUUCCAUCUCCUGGCUCAGCACUGCCACCCAUCCGGUCCAUUAUUCCAGAUUUUGAUAAGCUGGACAUGGACUAUGGGCGCCGGCAAUCUCAGGCGCACAAGGAUACUAUUGAUGGUGGAAACUCCCAAGGAUACACCACUGAUCGUCUGCCAACAACGGGCUCUAGCCCCAGUAUCAAUGUCUUUCCGCAACAUAGUCAUGGCCAGCAAGAUCCCGGAGCACGUACCUAUCUAGAUGGCCCGCUUCCGCGUCUGCCACCGUCGGACGCUUUUGCUCAACACAACGGCUAUCAUCAAAACAGCGAGCCACGGCGUGGCUACCCUCAGUAUGGCCAACAUCAGUCCAUAUACCGUCAGGAUAGCUACCCUCCUCACGGGUAUCCUCAAGACUCCUACUACCCCCCACUAGAACACCGUCAUGGGCCCUUCCCUCAACCCGGAUCCCAGCAGAAUUUCUACGAACAGCGUGCCCGCAGCGAGCGCUUGCACUAUGAUCAUCCUUGGGGGGGCCACUCUGAUUCUGCGGUGAGCCCUCGGGGCGGCGAUGGGGGCAAGAACAAGAGACGUGGUAAUCUUCCCAAGGAGGUUACGGAGAAGCUGUACGCUUGGCUGUACGGCCAUCUAAACCAUCCCUAUCCGACCGAAGAUGAGAAGCAAAAAAUGAUGAGAGAAACAAACAUGCAGAUGAAUCAAAUCUCGAACUGGUUCAUCAACGCCCGUCGCCGCAAAGUCCCCCUCCUCAUCGAACAGGCAAAGGCCGAAACCGAGGCCGCGAAGCAUUAUCGUCCCAACUCGUCACCCAUCGCCCGCCGAACUCGACCGGUUUCGGUUUCCCACACGAGACACUACAGCCGCUCAGGUCCAGGCCGUGGCGUGCCCAGCCGCCGCAGCGUCAGUGUCGAGCCCUCAAUCAACCACCUUCUCAAUUGCCCGGAAUCUGACGCGGAUGUCCGACCACCGCAAUAUGCCACCCCCAUGAGCGACAGAGGCGUCCUUGAUUACAGCAGCCGGGAGAGCUCCGAGUCUUAUGAAAUGGAUUCUCGUUACCAAAGCUAUGGGCAUGGACAUGGCCAUGGGCACCACGCCAGCAUUUAA